AUGUCUGGACGCGGCAAACAAGGAGGGAAGGUUCGGGCUAAGGCAAAGACCCGCUCAUCCCGGGCAGGACUCCAGUUCCCCGUCGGUCGUGUGCACAGGCUUCUCCGCAAAGGGAACUACGCCGAGAGGGUGGGCGCCGGUGCUCCGGUCUACCUGGCCGCUGUGCUGGAGUAUUUAACCGCUGAGAUCCUGGAAUUGGCCGGUAAUGCCGCCCGGGACAACAAGAAGACCCGCAUCAUCCCCCGUCACCUGCAGCUGGCCGUGCGCAAUGACGAGGAGCUGAACAAGCUGCUGGGUGGGGUGACCAUCGCCCAGGGAGGCGUCCUGCCCAACAUCCAGGCCGUGCUGCUGCCCAAGAAGACCGAGAGCAGCAAAGCGGCCAAGAGCAAGUGAUCACCGCUUAUCCCAGACCA